UUGUUUAUGGAUUUCUGUAAAGAUGUCAGAGACAAGGGCAGCAACAAGGCAGAAGCAUCAGAGCAGAAGGCAGCAGGUUUGCAGUCAUGAUAAGGGCAGCUCACUCGGUACCCUAGGGAGAGAGAAAGAAAAAUUAAACGAGAGAGAAGAGAGGUGAGGUGAUGGCGGUAAUUUUAUCCUAGCCAUCAGUUUUUAUCCAUGCACAAAGAAGAUUCUGCAACCAAAUGGACUGUGCGAAAAUACCCUUCAAAACUAUCAACCCAGCAAGACCAAAACUCUCUUAACUUGUUACAUCUUCCGUCAUCUUCAGCACCGUCAACAAGUUCGUGGUCUUUUAUCAAGCAUCCUUCUUUUUCUUCUUCUUUUUUCUGUUUCAAAGAUGAUCAGUACUGAUGCAACAAUUAGUGUAAGAGAUAUUAGGUCUCCUUUUACUCCAACUCAAUGGCAAGAACUUGAACAUCAAGCUCUCAUAUUCAAAUACAUGGUCUCUGGCGUCCCUGUUCCUCCAGAACUCAUCUACUCAAUUAAAAGAAGCCUAGAUUCUUCAAUGACCUCAAGAUUCUUCCCUCCUCAGCCAAUUGGGUGGGGUUGUUUUCAGGUGGGUUUUGGCAGAAAGGCAGACCCAGAACCUGGAAGGUGCAGAAGAACAGAUGGGAAAAAAUGGAGGUGUUCAAAAGAAGCUUACCCAGACUCAAAGUACUGUGAAAGGCACAUGCAUAGAGGCAGAAACCGUUCAAGAAAGCCUGUGGAAGCUACUUCAUCGUCACCUCCAACACCAACAGUAAAUCCGUCACCAAUUCCAUCAUUCAACAGAAGCAGCAUCUCCAUCAACUCUUCACCAACUUCUUUUCCACCUGUAUCUCCUGAACUCUGUUCUCAUCAUGAUCCAACUCAAAAGACUACCACGUCUCUUCUCAAUCCUUUUCUUUACAACCCUCAAACUUCCUCUUCAAGAAAUGUUCCCGGUUCUUCCAGCUUGUCACCUCAUGAUAACAUCACUGCUACUCAUCAUUUGUUUUUUGAAUCUGGAACUUGUUCUCAGGCUGAAAAAGAUUACAGGUAUUUUCAUGGGAUAAGGGAGACUGUUGAUGAGAGAGCUUUUUUCCCAGAAGCUGCAGGGAGUGUUAGAAGCAUACAUGAUUCAUGUCAACCAUUGAAAAUGGAAAGUUCAUAUAAACCAUACUCUGACCAGUCUCAGUUUCAAACUUUUCCUCAAGAAAACUCCAAACAACAACAGGAGCAGCAUUGUUUUGUUUUGGGUACUGAUUUCAAAUCAGCUAGAACAAUGAAGUAUGAAAAAGAAGAUGAAAUACAGAAGCCAAUACACCACUUCUUUGGCGGUGAGUGGCCACCAAAGAACACAGACUCUUGGCUUGAUCUCUCAUCCAAUUCCAGACUUCACACUGAUAGUUGAUGAUGAGGUCUCAAUAAUGGACGAUUAUUCCAAGUCCAAAAGGGUACUCUUAGCUGGUGGGUCACAGCCUUUUGUUGCAAAAUUGUGGCUAGGAGAGCUUUGGAUUUGCUUAAAAGCAAUGAACAAUAAUGAAGGGCCACAUGAAGCUAUAUAAAUAUAAAUGUUAUAUCUAUAUAUAUCUAUCUUUUGUUUUCUCCAUACUUCAAUUGCUUUCUCUUAUUUCCCUUAAAGAGAACAUGUUUCGGAUUUGUAAAGCUUUUUCUAGUUUGAGUAGAAGCAUCUUUCAUAUGGGUUGGCCUCUCUUCAUCCUUGUAAUAGAUAGUUUGAUUUGACUAGCUACAGAUUUGCUUGAUUA